CGUGGUGGAAGUGACUCACCCGGCCGGCCGCGCAGGGCAGGCCAAGGGCGCUGGGCAGGGUGGGGAAGGGAGCAGAGAGGCUUUCCUCCAGAAAAGAGGAGACGGGAACUGGCUUCCACGCAGCGGCUCCUCAGAGCCUUUACCAGCCACACAUGCUGUGGCGUGUGGCGCAGGACCCCCCAAAGAAUCCGGGGCGAAGCUGGGGGCGGAUCUCCCGGACCCAGCGCUGGCCUGGAGAGGAGAGCCCGCCUGCCCUCCCGCCCGUCCGUUCAUUCACUCGUUCUGAAACGGCCGCAGGCUCUCACUUCCCCUAAGACUUGGAGGUCCUGACUCCCGUGGGUGAGAGGGAGGGCAGGGGGCAGGACGGCGGGCACUCGGCCCAGCCCAGCCUCGGGCCGGGAAGCGCCGGCUCCUGGGGCAGGGGGCGCGGUAGGCGCCGCGGCGGCCGGGGCGCUUGGGGGGCGCGGACGGUCUGUGCGACACGGGGGACAGCGCGUGGCCUCCCACGGCCCCUCCAGCCUGGCAAGCCUCCCGCGGAGCCCUCGGCCGUCCUCCUGCCCGGGAACGCGCGCCAGCACCCCGCCGCACCCGACUCCCCCGGACACCUUCGGCGCCCCGGUCCCCGCGCGGCGUCCCUGCGGGGAGGGCUACCUCGAGAGGCCUGUGGCCGAGCUUCCGUCCCGCUAGCCCCGCCCCCUCCCCCGCGUGAGCCCGACGGGGCAGGGGUGGGAUCAGAGGCGAGGCCGGGCGGGGCCAGGGCAGGCACUCGGCGCCGCGGCUGGCGGAGCGCUCAGAGCCUCGGAGGCGCGGGACGCGGAGGCUCAGCUGGGCUCCGGCGGCCCGAGAGCUCCCGCGGCCUGAGGAUUCUCGCGCUCCGAGGUCUCCCGAGCUCCGAGGGCUCCCGCGGCCCGAGGUCUCCCGCGCUCCGGGGUCUCCCGCCGCCCGAGGUCUCUCCGGCUCCGAGGGCUCCCGCGACCCGAGGUCCCGCCCCCACCAUGCGGCUGAGAAGUCCCGGACUGCUCCUGCUGCUGCUCGGUGCCCUGCAAGCCGCGGAUGCGCGAGAGCAGGAAGUCCGAGCGCUGGUGGGCAGCGACGUCCAGCUCAGCUGCGUCUUCCCCGAAAGCACCACUUUUGAUCUAGACGACCUGUACGUGUACUGGCAAAUCAGCGCCGUGGGCCACCCGACGACCGUGACCUACUACCUGUCGGGGAACAGCUCGGCGGGCCUCGAGGACAACCGCUACAGGGACAGGGCCUGGCUCUCGCCGGACAGCAUGAGGCACGGCGACUUCUCCCUGCGUCUCUACAACGUCACCCCCCUCGACGAACAGAAGUUCAACUGCCUGGUGUUUAGGAAAUCCUUGCAGUUGCAAAAGAUCUUGGACGUGGUGGUGACGCUGUACGUGGCAGCGAACUACAGCGUGCCGGUGGUCCUCGCCCCGCACGGCCCCUCCGAGGACGCGGAGCUCACGUUCACGUGCACGUCCGUGAACGGCUAUCCAGAGCCCAACGUGUACUGGAUCAACAAGACGGACAACAGCGUGCUGCCCGAGGGCCUGCAGAACAGCACGGUCGUCCUGAACGCGCGCGGCUUGUACGACGUGGUCAGCAUCCUGCGCAUCGGCCGGACCCCCAGCGUGAACGUCGGCUGCUGCAUCGAGAACGUCCUUCUGCACCAAAACCUCACGGGCCUGUGCCAGACAGCAGAAACGUUCACGACCCCCGAACCCGGCAACACAGGGAGCCACACGGACGUCCGCAGGAGGGAGCACGGGACGGUGCUGAGCACCCUGGCCGUGCUGGGCGUGGUCGUGGCCGUGGCCGUGGCCACCGGCUGGGUGUGUAGGAGCCGAUGUCCCCGCGGGUUUCCAACCAGGUGCCCGGCCACAAAGCCAGAGCGGACGUUCCCUGGUGCCUCGGGCUGCGAGGGCCAAGGGGCCGGCGUGCACUUGACAGCCCCAACAAACUGUGUCUGAUGCGGACUCGCCGCCCGGGAGGUGGACAGGGCUGCUGGGAGAUGCCCCCAGGAGGACGGCGGACGGCGGCUUGAGACGUGACUCGGGCAGGCCCGGUGGGCAAGGGGGACCAUCUGCCCCCAGCAGCGCCAUUAACAAGGGGUUUUCGUGGACGCGGGGCCUCUCCGGCCUGGAAGGGACACGCAGGCCCCUGCCUGACCCCAGGGACAGCGCCCCAGGGGCUGCCGGAUCCCGGAACGAGGACAAGGACCUCUCGAGUCAGCGGGACACACGUGCCCCCACGUGGGCGGGCUCCCCAGCUCCGGCGCUUCGCGAUGGCUCCCUCCCCCACCCACCCCUGCAGCCCGUGGGGCCCUUCUCUACAUCCGAACCCACGGGGGUUGGGGGCAGUGUGGCUUUUCUGAGACCGGCGGAGGGCGUCUCCCUUAGGAGGAAGAAGGAGCGUGCGGGCUCUCCCGCGACCGCCCUGCUGGUGAAGGUGACCCAGGGGGGUCUGUGAAACACGGAGGCGCCAGUGUCUCCCUCCCGCCCCCCGAGACGAGGGCCGUGAGUCUGCACGUGUGUGUCUGUCCAGGAUGCCGGGCACAGUCACGGUCAACGCUGCAAAACCCCUGACAGACUCCUGAGACUUUGUGUUCCUCUGAGAUCCUCACUGGGAAGAAACCCCGAUCUUGUUUGUUUUGGCCCAAAGCUGGAUUUCCCUCCGAAAAAGUCAGUGGAAUUUUUCGAGAAGGUAGUCUGCUCUCGGGCAGCCCUGGCAGGAGCCCUGGCCUCCGAGGGCACAGAGGGAACAACCCAGAAACUCGCUCAGGCCGGACAGGGAGCACGUCUCCGGAGACGCAGCUUCGCCAGGGGCCGUCCAGGGCCCUCAGGGACAGCAUGACACGCAUGGAGGGGGCGUCCUCCUGCGUCAGAAUGUGGCGUGAGUUCCAUGCCGCCCUCUGCACCGGUCACCCCCAGCCCGCCCCGAAGGGACAAACGCCAGGCUCCUCGGAGCCCCCCGGGCCCUGGGGGGGCACGCAGAGGUGUGCGGCCCACGGCUCUGGCCGUUCCCAUGUUGUGGCCCCGAAUGAGUCGAGCUGCUCGUGCUUCCAGGAGCUUCUGUGAAGGAGGCUGCCAGGUGACGCAGCGUGCACAGCCCCUGGGAAACGCAGCCUGUCGUCCUGCCUGCGGUCACUCAGCACUGACGGCGUCAGGAGCCCCCAGGCCCGGACCCGGACUGGGACAAACACGAGGGCCAGGCUCGGGGCGAAGCUGAGCCCAGCACUUUCUGGGAGAAACUGUCCGCGUCUGUUUCUGUACCCGGAGCUCCCCUCACGGCUCUGAGGCCAGCGCGGCAAGACCGUGAGCAUCCGGCCGCGGGAAGCAUGAGAAGGGACAAGUCCCUGCGGGGGGACGGGGUCGGGGGCGUCCAGAGCGGAAGCAUGAGGACGGCCGGGGUGCGGGGAGGGGGCGCGGGACCCGCCACCAGCCCCGGGCGCCCACCCUGCAGCCUGCAGCAGACCCCGCUCGCAGGGCGCCCCCCGGGCAGGACCCAGCGUGGUCUGGGAGCAGGUACAGUGACCCCUCGCCCUUCGGCCUGGACAUCACCGUCUGUGGGCGGGUCG